AUGGCCUCUAUAACAAUGCCCCGCGCUGCCAUGCGCAGUCUCUCGCGAGCAACACCCUCUCUCCGCUCCACAGCGCCGCGCAUCGCCACAAGAUGUCUGCACCAAAAGUCGUCACCCAUCACAGCCUCCUCAACACAGUACCGACCGCGAGCGCAGCCCUGGAGCCAAGGUGCCAUCUCACCGUCUGCGACUAUCACACGACGAACGAUGUUCAUCCAGACUGAACCCACACCAAACGCUGACGCCCUGAAAUUCAACCCCAACAUGCGCGUCCUCCCCGAAACCAUACAAUCGCCCUUCCUUGAAUACGUCUCGCCGCGCAGCACCCUCGCGCCACCGCACCCAUCGCCGCUCGCCGCGCAACUCAUGAACAUCGACGGCGUGACAAGCGUCUUCUUCGGCGUCGACUACAUCACCGUGACCAAAGACUCGUCCACGCCCUGGGCGCACAUCAAGCCCGAAGUCUUCGCCGUCAUCAACGAAACCCUGACCUCCGGCUCGCCUGUCGUCAACACCGUCGAGGCCAAGGCCGGCGAAGAGGGCCAGGGCGGCUCCGAAGUCGACACCCUGGCGUACGACGAGAACGACGACGAGGUCGUCGGCAUGAUCAAAGAACUCCUCGAGACGCGCAUUCGGCCCGCGAUCCAGGAAGACGGCGGCGACAUCGACUUCCGUGGCUUUGUCGACGGCCAGGUGCUGUUGAAGCUGCGCGGCGCGUGCAGGACGUGCGACAGCAGUACGGUGACGCUGAAGAACGGCAUCGAGAGCAUGCUGAUGCACUACAUCGAGGAGGUCAAGGGCGUGCAGCAGGUGCUGGACCAGGAGGAGGAGGUCGCGCUGAAGGAGUUUGAGAAGUUCGAGGAGAAACUGAGGCAGCAGAAGGGUAAUGCACCGCCGUCUACGGUCGGGAAGGGCAGUCUUGAUACAGUUGAGUAA